AUGCGUUGUGCUCUGACCUUUUUCUUGUGUUUUAUAACACUAGAAUUGGAACCCAAACCAGUGAAAUCCUCUACCGCAACAUACACCUGGGCGCAAUACUUUGGAAUCACCUUCAUUAUUGCGUUGGCCUUUGGUCUCCUCAUCCCUGUGCUCUUCCUCGUGGGCAUCAUAGUAGUGUGUCGACGACGUCACGCCUACCGCCAUCAUCACUGCAUGACCAACGGCUCUGGAGGCAGCAUGAGUGUCGGUGGCACUGGCAGUGGAAGUUAUGGCAAUAGCAAGCUUUUCUCCGCCAAUCUUUGGCACUAUAUCGGGGGCAAGGAGGUUGCUGAUGAUCCGUUUGCAGAGCACACUGCCAGCAUUCACCGUCCUCCCUUCUCCGCCCACAAAUUCUCUGAAGGCACACUGGGCAUGCGUGGGGAUGGAACUCUUGACCUCCCCGAUGUUGUCAUUCCUUCUGGUACGUGUCUCUAUUGCUAUAACUCUAAAUAUGACUCAAACCAUUUGUCAUACUGUGGUCGAAGUGUCCCUAGGAUUACUGUUAGGCGAGCUAUCUCGGAAGUAUCAGCUUCAUAUCGUUGUCAUAUGUCACUUGGCCUCGCGAUCAUGCUUCUUCGAUCCUUCAAUUUUUCCGAUGAGUUGCAAUUGAUAGCCAGGUACGGUUAA